AUGCCAUUCCCGGACCUGCUCCAAGUCGGUUUCGACGGGCACGGCUCAGACAACGGGCCGGGGGGCAGCGGGGCCGGCGGCGGGGGCGGCGGGGGCGGCGGCAGCGGCGGGGGCUCGGACGGCUCGGGAGUAGUCGUCGCCGGCGUCCCCGCCACAGCUGGGGGUGCUGCGGUCGUCGGUGCGGGAGGCGGCGAGGGCAACCGCACCUUCCCGGGGGGCCCGGGGGUCGCGUGCCCCGCGGGCAGCCCCGGCAGCGGCGGCGAGGUGAACGACACAGCUGCCGUGGGGAGCGUCGUGGUGAGCGCCCAGGCGCUGGGCGUCGGGGUCUUCUUGGCCGCCUUCAUCCUCGCGGCCAUAGCUGGCAACCUGCUGGUCAUUCUGUCGGUAGCAUGCAAUCGCCACCUGCAGACCGUCACCAACUACUUCAUCGUCAACCUGGCGGUGGCCGACCUGCUUCUCAGCGCCACGGUGCUGCCCUUCUCGGCCACCAUGGAGGUCCUGGGCUUCUGGGCCUUCGGCCGGGCCUUCUGCGACGUGUGGGCCGCCGUGGACGUGCUCUGUUGCACGGCCUCCAUCCUCAGCCUCUGCACCAUCUCCGUGGACCGCUACGUCGGGGUGAGACACUCGCUCAAGUACCCGGCCAUCAUGACUGAGCGCAAGGCGGCCGCCAUCCUGGCCCUGCUCUGGGCCGUGGCCCUCGUGGUGUCCGUGGGGCCGCUGCUGGGCUGGAAGGAGCCUGUGCCCCCCGACGACCGCUUCUGUGGCAUCACCGAGGAGGCGGGCUACGCCGUCUUCUCCUCCGUCUGCUCCUUCUACCUGCCCAUGGCCGUCAUCCUGGUCAUGUACUUCCGCGUGUACGUCGUGGCCCGGAGGACCACGAGGAGCCUGGAGGCCGGGGUCAAGAGGGAGCGGAGCAAGUCCGCGGACAUCGUCCUUCGCAUCCACUGCCGAAGCUCCGGACCCGAGGACACGCGAGCCGCCAAGGGCCACAACUUCCGGAGCUCCCUGUCAGUCCGCCUGCUCAAGUUCUCCCGGGAGAAGAAGGCGGCCAAGACCCUGGCCAUCGUGGUGGGCGUCUUUGUCCUCUGCUGGUUCCCUUUCUUUUUCGUCCUGCCCCUGGGCUCCCUCUUCCCCCAGCUGAAGCCGUCGGAGGGCGUCUUCAAGGUCAUCUUCUGGCUGGGCUAUUUCAACAGCUGCGUGAACCCCAUCAUCUACCCCUGCUCCAGCAAGGAGUUCAAGCGCGCCUUCCUACGCCUGCUGCGCUGCCAGUGUCGCCGACGGCGCCGACGGCCCCUCUGGCGCGUCUAUGGCCACCACUGGCGGGCGUCGGAGGCUGGGGCGGACCCCGGAGGCUCCCAGCGGGACUGCGCCCCUCUCGGGGCGGCCCCACUGACCCCACUACCCCGGCCCGCCUCCCUGCUGCCCGGGGGCCCGCCCGACGGGGCCGUCGGGCAGCGGCUCAAGGCCACGGCCUCCUUCCACGACUGGAAGCUGUUGGGUCCCUUCAAGAAGCCCACGACGCAGCUGCGGGCCAAGGUCACCAGCCUGUCGCACAAGCUGCGGGCUGCCGGGGCUUCGGGGGGCUCCCCGGGCGGAGCGUCGGUGGGCACCCCCUCCCGCAGCGAGGUGGAGUCCAUCUGCCUCGGGGUCCCCCAGGAUGGAGUGGAGGAGGCUGCCUACCAUGCCUACGACUUGGACGACUACUGUGGCCUCCGAGAGACGGAUAUUUAAGGGAGCCCUCCCCCACCAACGUGGUCAGUGGGGCCCUGGCCGCGGGGUCUGCUUGGGGCUUUGCAAAAAGAGACCGUGUGUACUGUGGGCAAGGGUAGAGGUGGGUAGAAAACUGGACCAAGGCAGAAAGGGGUGCUGCAGGGGGUGCACCCCAAGGCUGCCCCAGAUCCAGACCCGGGCCCCACUUAGUCCAGUGCAUCCACUGAUCACACCAGGGCAUUUCUGGCCUUGAGUUCAGCGGCAGCUGCGGUGGGAGGGGCUCAGGGUCAGCUGGGACCAAGGCUUCGGGUCAGACACUGUUCUUUCUUCUGGGUUUGGGGACCUUUCCAGCAUCUCUGCCAGAAGGAAAAUGCCGACACUUCAAUCAGUCCAUCAGGUUGAAGAAUAUCAACUUGAGGGUGCUUGCCUGGGGCCCUCCCUCCCCCAGGAGCCAUUCCCACAAGGCUGCUCUGGCUCAAUCUGCCCUGGACCUUGGUCGCUCCAGACAUGGAGCCAAUCUCUAGCCCUAAUGUAGGAGAGGCACCCCAAUCUGACUUUUCACUUAAGACCCACUGGGCAAGCUUCCCAGACCCAAAGCUGGACCCCAUACUUAAGGGAAGACACAACCUGGCACCCCUUUGAACAUUCCCACCCCUCCCCCUGCCCAACCUCUUGCUAUGGCCCUUGGACAGAGAUCUCCACUUGUGUCUGUAGGAGAGUCAAAGGUCCCUUCCCACACUAAUAAUAUCUGAGUCUGGGAGAGAGGCAGUGUGGUGGAAUGGCUAGAGGGCCAGCCUUGGAGUCAGGAAGCCCUGGGUUCAAGACCUACCUCUGACACACACUGGCUGUGGGCAAGUCACUUAACCUCCUGGUGACCCAGGCAACCAACUCAUUGAAGACUCAUGUGGCAGAUGAGUUCCCAUGUGAGUGCUGGGAGUUUUCACACAAGAAGUUCCCUGCCUAAUGGACUCACAGGUCCAGAAUAGAUUCCCCUUGGCAAAAUACCAGAACUCCUAGGAUCCUAUACUCCCUUUCCUGGGUGUUGUGGUCCCUGACCACUCACCCCUAGGUGCUCACUGAUCUCCUGGAGAGGGCCUGACCAACUCAGGGGAGGGAAAGGUCCCCCUGCUUCUUCGAGAAGUCCUCUUCUUUUGGUCUGGCCUCAAAUCAUUGAAGCCAUGGCUGAAGGCCAUGAGUUGCAGUCCUGCCCCCCCCCCAUUAUUCGGAGUUCUACUCACCAACUGCUCCCUUUUCCAAUGGGUGUCCUGCCCAUUGGGAGUUCGUGGUAAGCUUCCACCAACUCUGACUCCUGUCCCCCAGUAGUCUCCCUGCCUACAAACUUCCCCCUUCUGUCUCUUUUCCCUCUGCCUCCCACUGGCUCUCCAUUGCUUCUUGAGGGUACCCAGAGAAGAGGAGAGGGACCAGCUCUCUGGAGAUAUAGGAGUUUUCCAUCCCCAAGUGCCCACCUCCCCAGCCAGGCCCCUGCCACUGAGCAACACUCCCACCUGGACACACCACCUAUCCGCCUGCCUGGCCUCUACCCCAUGGUUUCUCCUCACUGGAGCCAAACCACACCGUCCUUACUGUUUACACUGUACAUAUCUCUGAGUGCAUGUUAUAAUGCUUCUUGCCAGUGUUUGGGAGCAUCCAUGGAGUGGCUUUUCUUUUCCUUUUUUGAGAUGUAUUUAUUGGUCUGAAUAUUUCUAUUUUGUGACUUGCUCUGUGCCUAGCAUACUGGGCACGCCAUACCCCUGCAACCCCUCCUCCCUUAAAUAGCUUGGCUUUCUUUGUCUAAAGUCCAGCAAGCACUUGGUGGCCAGAGAUGAUCAGCAGUGUGCAGACUGGCUUUAUGCUGAUGCUAUUGGUUCAUGCUAUAGGAGGAGAGAAUAGAUUCUAAUCAUUUAUUUAACUGACUGCUGCUGUCCUUAGGAGCUGUUAGCUUGUCAGAAAGGUCUAUGAGAGAGGCAGUGUGGUAGAGGGGCUAGGGGGCCAACCUUGGAAGCAGGAAACGUUAGGUUCAAAACCUACCUCUGACAUAUACCACCGUUAAACAUUUUUAAAACAAAACAAAACCGUGAAUUCUCCUUGGGGACAUAAGCACAACUUUUCACCUUGCCUUGUUCAACAGGUAGGUUCGAGGUGUGCCAGGAGUCCCAGAUAAAGAGGCAGCCAUCAGUUAAAUGAACAAAACAUUAAAUUGCAGAAAGAAGCAGGAAAACAGGUUAAUGGACCUGAGAUCCUCCAACCUGGCUGUGAUCUCUGGCUGUCAUCUUUUCAUUUCCUGUAUCCUCACCAAACUAAUAAGCUUUUAUCUCUAUGCUGCUGUUGCCAACGCAGGAAAAAUCAUCCUGGUCCCAAAGGCCCUUGGGUUUCUGUUCACAGCUUGGUAAGAAGCCUGUGUUCUUAAGGAACUCAAAGAGAUAGAAAAAAAAAAGAAAUAAAAAAGAUAAUUUGAGGAUGUAAAACCCAGACAGCGUGGCCCAAAAUUACCAUAAAGGAAGGUUAAUGGUAUACAAGGGGAGAACAGCAGUUUAAAAAUGACUGUAAUUUCAGAACCUAUCCAACUUCUCCCAUCCAAGAUUAAAAGGGUCCUAUAAUUUCAGGCCUAUAAUGUCUAAGGGGGAAAAUGCUGGCUUACCAUAAUUUCCAGCCUAUUGCAUGCAUGGGAGACUAGCAUUUGGCUUGAGAGAGGUUGGUAUUUUCUGAUCCUCUCUACUCCUCUCCUGUAAGAUUGAAAUAUUAAAUCAGGCCUGUAUAGCACCCACUCUAGUCAAGGGAAAAAAAUCAAGGCUACCCUCAUUUCCAACCCAUUCCAACCUGUGGGGAAGUGGAGGGCUUUUAAGAUUGAUGGAGUGACAUAUUUUCCAACCCCUCCUACAAGGCUGAAAGGUCACUUUGUUUGCAGGCAAGUGGCUUCCACUGGGUUAGGAAGGCUCCAGAGGCUGAAAAAGUAAACCCAAAACCAGUGUGGUAUUUUCAAUUUGUGAGGCUCCUGGGUUUGAAGGAGGGCAUCCAGAUCCCCAAAGGAACGCAAGUUGUGGGUGGGCUACAGAACCUAGUCAGGCUCCCAGGGUUGUGGGUAAUUGGCCAAAAUUUCUUGAUGGAGAAAUGAGAUCCCACAAAAGACAAGGAGCUAGGAUUAUUCCUCUGGAAAAAGAGAAAACUAAGAAAAUGUCACAGGCUUCCAGUUCAUGAUGUUACACAGCAAAGUCCGGGUAUGGAACAGGAAGAAGAAGGCAGAUGUUGAAGUAAGACAGACAUAGGUAAGACUUUGAGAUGCUGAACUCUGGGACAAGCAAGGUGGGCCUGGAAAGUCCUCACAUGGGGGAAGGAGGAUCCAUCACCUACCCUGGCGAAUACAGAAAGAGAAUAGGGAAAAGAGUGAAAGAACCCUGGAUCCACGGCCCCUCCCAGCAGCCUGGUCUUACUAACUGCUGUCCAUUGACACAUUGUGAAGUGAAUCAUCUGUCUUUCCACCCCAUCCUGUGUCAGGCCCCUCUCCCUAGGUGCCUAGUGCCAUCAUGGGCACUGCCAGUCUGAGGCAGAGUCAGCUCUCCCUGCCCUGCCCUGGUUUAUUUGGCCAGGGAGGAUGGGAGCUCUCCUCAAAGCCAAGGGACUGAGCAUAUCCGGGAGUCUGGAAGGGGUAAUUUCCUGGAGGCUGGCCUCCCUCCCACUACCAGCCCCAAGCCACCACUCAGUGCCAUCUCUGUCAGAAUCUGUGCCCCAAGGGGCUUCUGUGGUAACUUGUUCUGAUGAUCAAUA